GUAUCCAACCAACAUAUAUAUACACAAUAAGUAUCCAUCCAUUCACUUGUCUGCACUUCGUCUCUCCCAGUUGAAUUGAAUUGAAGAUUGAUCACACAAGAGAAGUGAGCAAUAUCAUUAUCAGAGAUGCCUCCUCCACAUCCUGAAGGAGGAGGCGGCGGCGGCGGUGGCCCUGGACCAGGUGGUGGAGGCGGAGGCGGCGGCGGCGGCGGCCCUGGACCAGGUGGUGGUCCUCCUCCAGGCCCUGGAUUGUUUGGAUUUGUUACUGGCGUUGUUGCUGAUGGCCUCCAUUUCAUCUUCAGAAGACCACCACCACCACCACCACCACCACCUCCUGGCCCCCCUGGGCCUCCUGGUCCUCCUCCUCGCUAGGAUGGACCAUCCACUGUAUUACAGGCCCAUCUGGUUUUAUCUCAUAGAGCCAUUGAAGACUAUAUUUUAGUUAUGGAAAGGUAUGAUCAUGUAUAUAUAUCAUGGGUAUUUUAGUAGUUUGAAGACUGGUUAGUUUGUUGCUUGUGUGUUGCAGUCUCUGUGAAGUUAUGGCUUCUCAGACUUGUGUUUUCUAUAAAAGGAAUAAAGUUUCGAUUGUGAAUUGAUGUUUA